AUGAGUGAAUCAGGAAACAUUCGGAAAAACGAAUUAAUGGAUCUUCCAGAGGAAAUCCUUCUUUAUAUUCUGAAAUUCGUAAACAUAUCAUCACGUUACGACGUAUCGCAAGUUUGUCGAAAAUUCUAUGAACUGGUAUGUACAUUGGAACGAGACUGCCUGCCAAUAGAACUUUCAUACGAACAGAUUUGUGACGAAAAUAUCUACAAUUCAAUCAUUAAAAGUUUUCGAAUGUUCACUGAUUUGACAAUAAUUAUUUCUGUUGAUGGUGUACCAAACAUAGAUCGCAUCCUAAAAAUAUUGAUGAAAUUUGGAGGCAGAAUUGAAAAAUUUACAUUCUCAAUCAAGCCAAAAGUUUUAGAGUCACAAUUGGCUAAAAUGUUAAAUUGCAUUCCCAAUGUCGAAGAGUUGAUUUUUGAAGAUAUUUGUAUAGAACACGAUGUGAAUUGGAGUGAUGAGCUUCAUUUAUAUAAACUUAAGAAGCUAAAUAUAGGAUCAGUCAAUGAUUAUCCCAUAAUGUUCAACCAGGUACCAAAAGAUGUAAGAGCAGAAAUGUGCAUUGACUUCUCAUUCGAAUUCCAUGAAAAGAACUUCCAGCAAUUUCUCAGUCGACAAACGCAAAUAACAAAACUCGCGAUAGACAUUUAUUGCGAAACUAGCUUAUCAAUAGUGAAGAACUUUUCUAAACUAAAACAUUUGUUUAUAAGCUUUAAUGAAGGAUAUGAGAUGCAUAUUGCAAAGAUGAUACGACAAAACCCAAAGCUUCGCUAUCUGUUUUUGAACAUCAUUUUUAAUGAUAAUGAUGAUGAUUCUACUGGAAAUGAAAUUUUUACAUCAAUUUGCGAGUUAAAAUAUCUUGAAUCACUUCACAUAAGCAUUGAUAACAUAUCUGUGGAUGUUUUUAAAUCGCUCACAAAAAUCAAUAAUUUAAGAGAACUUCAUUUGCAUUAUCAACUGCAAGAAGACCAUUUUGAUAGCAUUAUUUUCGAGCUAAGUAUGAUGAAAUUGUUACAGAUUGAAACCUUAACAAUUCAAACCAGUGAAUCAGUUGAAAUGAUGGAUGAUGAAAUGAAUAACACAACAAUUCCUCGAGAAAAGCAUGAAAAUCUAAAGGAAUUCAAAGUUGAUUACAUUGCAAGCAAAAACAAGAAAUCACUCCUUAAUGCUAUCAGUGCUUGCCCUAAUCUGGAACUAAUUGAAAUAUACGAAAUAUGUGAGAUUACUCAUGAAGAAUUCCAGCAAAUUGUGAAUGAUCAUCCCAAGCUAAAAUAUUUAAAACUUGAAAUGCGCAACUUCAACUUUCAGGAUGUGACAGCUGAACUCAUUCAAUCUGUUGCUAAAAGACUUCAAAGUAUUUCGUUAUCUGGACUCAGCACAUUUUUAUCGUUUGAAACUAUUAAGGAAUUCUUUACCGAAGAAUUUCCUUGCAUCAAACUCCACAGGUAUUCAAAACGACGCAAACUUACACUUACGAUGAAGAAACGAGGUCCAUUGAAAUGA